UGUUCCCUCUCUCUUUCUCUAUGAUGCACCACAUAUUCUCAACCCUAAAACACACACACACACUUCUCUUAAUCUGCAACUUUCUUCAGUUUCAUGCAGUUCUACAGAAAUUGAAUUGAAGAGUAAUGAGUCACUGUGUACCGAGUUGGGAUACGCUCGACGACUACCCUGAUCGUAAUCCCAACCCUGGUUAUCGCAAACCCGACUUGCGUGCUUCCUCCAACUCCAUGUCGUCCCAUCUCGAUGCGCCGAUACUAGAUUACGCCGUGGCGGAAUUAACAUGGAAGAAUGGACAACUGGCCAUGCAUGGAUUAGGGCCGCCGCGCGUGGUCAACAAACCCCACGCCACCGCCGCCACUCUCACCAAAUACACCUGGGAUAAGCCACGAGCCGCCGAGACUCUUGAAUCCAUAGUCAACCAAGCCACACUCCCACCCAACCACAAACCCCAAAUGCACAUCUACGGCGCCGGCGACCUGGUGCCAUGGCUAGACCACCAGAGCUCCGCCACUGCCGCCGGUAGCUUUAGCGCGUCGGUCACCAUGACCAUGGACGCGUUGGUCCCGAGCUCCAACGCCCAACCUCCGGCAGCGUCGUUGAGGUCCGGUGUAGGUGCCGGACGUUGUUCCACGCGCGUGGCGUCGUGCAGCGGCGAUCAGUCGGGCUUUGUGGACCAGAGGAUACGUGGCGGUGGUGGUGGUACUGCGGCUGCGACCGCGACGCAUGAGUGGAGCAGCUGCAGGGACCAGAGUGCAAGUGGUAGUGCGAAUUUUGGAAUGGAGAGUAGCCGACAGUUGACCGUUGAAACGUGUGAGAGGGAAUUGGGUGUGAAAGGGUUCACGUCUACUUCAAUGGGGUCGCCGGAAAAUACGACCUCCGGCAAACGCUCCACGAAAUCAACGUCUCCCGAUGAACAAGAUUCCGUCUGUCACAGCAAACCUCAGAGCAAUAUGGAGGAAAAGAAGAAAGGGAAAGGAAAGUCUUCGAUCUCAACUAAAAGAAGUAGAGCAGCUGCAAUUCAUAAUCAAUCCGAACGGAAACGAAGAGACAAGAUUAAUCAAAAGAUGAAGACACUACAAAAGCUUGUUCCAAAUGCCAACAAGACAGAUAAAGCAUCGAUGCUUGACGAAGUGAUUGAAUACCUAAAACAGCUACAAGCACAGAUUCAUAUGAUGAGUAGAAUGAACAUGUCACCAAUGAUGAUGCCGUUAGCCAUGCAGCAGCAACAACAGAUUCAAAUGGCGAUGAUGAACCCGAUGGGAAUGGGAAUCGGGAUGGGGAUCGGCAUGGGAAUGCCCGGAGUCAUGGACUUGAACGCCAUCGGCGGCAACCGCUCCAACAUCCCAGGCAUACCACCGGUCUUCCACCCCGCCACCUUCAUGCAAACACCAAUGGCUUCAUGGGAUAUGCACACAGGGGGCGAUAGAGUUACAAACCCUAACGACCCGAUGGCUGCUUUUCUUGCAUGUCAAUCACAGCCAAUGACGAUGGAUGCAUACAGUAAAAUGGUGGCUUUGUUUCAGCAUAUGCAAAAUCAACCAUGCUACACGGGUCUCAAGAAUUGAAGUAAUUAACGUUUAUUUAUUUUUAUUAUAUUGUU